GUUUAUUGUGUGAUUAUCAACGAAUUUGUCGCGGUGAACGGGCGUGUUGUGUUAAUUAGUGCGUGAGUGAAUUAACGAUGCCGACGAAUAAUUACUGCGUUCACCGUGGGUGUGGAAACAAUUCGCAGAACAAGGAUGUGAUGUAUCAUCGCGUGAGGUUAUACAUAUUAAUGGCGCUAAAGCAACUAUAACUAAUGAGGGGUAUAAUUGUGAAACUAUCCCGUUGCAAUUGGAUAUCAAUUCGAAUACAGAAGUCAAUAAACUGGGAACGCAUACAAUAGAAGUGAAAGAUCUCAGAACAAUGCCCUUAUCAGAAAUCAUGGAAUUCAAACGCACCUGUCGGAUUAUUGGUUACAUAAAAACUAAUUUUGCAGUCGUAGUUCAUCAACGAAAUUCCGCGAAUAACACUUGUUAUGGAUGUAUUGCUGAUAACAGGCUCAAAUUGCCCAUUCGUAUAAAGAAUUUCGCUACAAAUUUCUCGAGUCCUUUUAACAUCGGUGAUCAUGAAAUUAUAGGGAAAUUACAAACAAUAGCAAUGUCUCCGUAUUUUGAUGUGACGAAAAUUGAAGAUAUUAGGGAAAUUGAUGAACAGAUAAUGUCACGAAAGGAAUUACGAAAUGCUAAUAAUGAUGUGAACAUAUCAUCAACCUUACCAAGGGAUGUAUUAGCAGAAAGUAGUAGGAAAAGACAGAAAAUGAGUCAUCCUACCGAAUCGUCUCCAGAAUCUAAGAAAAAAUAGAUAUUUCAAUGCUAAAUUUCUUUGGAAUAUAAUGAAGAAAAAUUUCAUGUGAUUAUAAUCAUCAAAAUGAAAAAUUGUAACAUUCUGUGUUCUAAAUAUCAAAAAAAUAUUCUGUUCGUAUCAUUGUUAUGAUCAUCUGUCUAGCUUAAAUUGAUAAGUUAAGGGGGGUGCUGAAUUUAGGAAAAAUGAGCUCUAAUUGAAUUGAUUUCCAAUAAAUAGAGGGAGAGCAUUAGAAUCUUUUCAAGUAAUGCUU